CCGCUUUGCCGUAGAUGUUUUCUACAGGUUCUUUAUACAAAGUUGACGACUCAAGUAACCAGUAACCCACUUAAAUGCGAGGGGAGCUUUUUGUACCACCUCUCAAUCAAAGCGCGGGGCAACACGAGUCAGGUAAAUAAGAGUGUUGUCAAGGAGACGUAAGCCUGCGACGCUAGCAGCGACAUAGCUCGCGUGCGGAAAAGAUUAAAAAGACUUGUUUUGCCACGCCGGGGUGGAUUUUUUUUCGUGGCAUGGCCGAGCUGCACAUCAUAGGCCAGCUGGUUGGUGCCACGGGAUUCCCUCAUAACCGUCUCUUUUGCAAAUGGGGGGUUCAUACGGGCGGAGCGUGGCGUCUUCUCUCCGGCUUGAAGCAGGGUCAAACUCAAGUGGACAGCCCUCAGACGGGAGACAUGGCGUACUGGUGCCACCCUAUUGACCUGCAUUACACUACCAAGGGACUCCAAGGUUGGCCCAAGAUCCACCUCCAGGUGUGGCACCAGGACUCUUUCGGUCGGUGCGAGUUGUUCGGAUACGGCUACUGCCACGUCCCCUCCAGCCCGGGACACCAUCGAGUCAGCUGUUGCACGUGGAGGCCCCUCGGCUCCUGGCAGGAGGAGCUAUCGCGAACGUUUGUAGGCGGUGGACCGCAGCUCAAGAGCCCGGAUCUCAUCUACAGCGGGGCGGACAGAUACAGGCUACACACCGCGGCCAUGGGCACCGUAGAGCUGGAGCUCGGCAUCAUCAUGAGACACUUUGACAAAUAUGGCGUCGAGAAUUGACACCAAAAUGACUCGCAUGCUUUUAUGUCCUUUUUUUUAAUUUUUUUAUUAUUAUUUUUUUUUUUU